AUGCCCACUCUUGAAGAAAUCGCCGACGAUGAAAUGGACCUCGAAUUUGACGAAGGUGAUUUCGAUGAACAUACUCCAUUCACGGCUUCUGCACUCGAUGAUUCCACAGGUGGCCCUGCCCGUCUGAUCCCAACCAAGCCCAAACCUCAACAAACACCUUCAGCUUCCUCUUAUACCCCCAACACCUCCAAACCUACCGCCUCUUCAAGCUCCUCAUCAUUCCCUACUCCAAAUUCAUCUUCCUUCCCAGACCCUUAUUCAGGACUGACUGCCGAUGGCCUGCCCAUUAAUGUCAUUGAAGAUACCGCAGAAAACCUUGCACAGUUCAAGGACUGGGAUGUCCUUUACCCCGUUUACUUUGACAAGAACCGCUCUCACACCCAGGGACGUAGGGUCCCCACAUGCUACGCCGUCGAAAAUCCUCUAGUUUCUAAUAUUCUCUCGGCUCUUCGCAACCUGCUCAUCCCAUGUAUUCUCGAGCCCGAAAAAACUCACCCCAAGGACUGGGCAAACCCGGGACGGAUCCGGUACCUACUGCGCGAUGCAGAUGUUGAAAGAGAACGCCGCAUUCAAAAUCCUCGUGUCGCCGUCAUCUCCAACCGCAGAAUCCUCUAUAAGCUUAUUGGAGAAUACCUUAUUAAGCACCCUACCACAAAGGACACCCCCAAGGAAUCCCCACUGUACCGUCAGGUCCACUUGUCUCUGGUUCAACAACAAUCCCAGCUUCCACCAGCUAACCGCAAGUCUUCAGACGCCAUUGUGAUUCCUUCGGGCCCCAAAGCCUUCCCACGCGGAUGGAAAAACCAUACCGUUGGCUCCAUUCUCCCAGCAAACUCCCCUGCCCUAUCCUUUUCUGAGUUUACAGACGAUUAUAUGGAGGUCAUGGCCAAGCAAAUGCUUGGAAACAUGGGAGGUCUUAUGCCCGGUGCUGGCGGCGCUGGCGGCGCUGGCGGUGUCCCCGGUGUGCCUCCAGGUAUGAACCCGAACCAAAAACCCAAAAAGGUUUUUGUCAGACGGUAA